CCUAUGUACUGUAAUAAUAGAGGAAUUUAUGACAAUGCCUAGGACAUUAUAAAAGCCAACCUUUUCUUUCGCUGGGUGCUCACAGUUCAUCACUGCAGCCUCAGGAUGUUAAAGUUUGUGCUGCUGUUCCUGACCCUGUCAGGUCUCCAAGCUCGUCCAAUCGCAGCUCCAGGACAGCGAAUGUCUUCGUCUGACCGUCACCCAGUUGGCUUUAAACGGAGCGUUGAACACGCCGGGUUCCCUGAACGUGUUCCUGAUGGAUUCAGACAAGGAACGGAGCCGACCAGGAAGUUCCUUGUUGACCUGAAAACUGGGCUUGUUAAGGAACACAUCAGUGAGAUGGAAAGGAGAGUUGUCCCUGUCGAUGUUCCAGCCCAGAGAAGAGCAGGAGGCUGGGUUCGAGUGGAGAAACCCUCAACUGUUGAUGUUCCUGAAACUCAGUCCAGAAUGUCCAUCCCAGCUGGUUUCAGACAGGGAACCGAACCAAAGAUGUCCAUCCCAGUUGGUUUCAGACAGGGAACCGAACCAAAGAUGUCCAUCCCAGUUGGUUUUAGACAGGGAACCCAGCCAAAGAUGUCCAUCCCAGUUGGUUUUAGACAGGGAACCCAGCCAAAGAUGUCCAUCCCAGUUGGCUUUAGACAGGGAACUGAACCAGAAAUGUCCAACCUAAUUGAGGAACCUCAGCAAAAUAUCCAGCUUCCAGUUGCUUUCAGACUACAAACUGAACCAAAGUGGUCAAUGCCAGUUGGUUUCAGACAGGGAACUGAACCAAAGAUGUCCAUCCCAGUUGGCUUUAGACAGGGAACCGAGCCAAAGAUGUCCAUCCCAGUUGGCUUUAGACAGGGAACCCAGCCAAAGAUGUCCAUCCCAGUUGGCUUUAGACAGGGAACCGAACCAGAAAUGUCCAACCUAAUUGAGGAACCUCAGCAAAAUAUCCAGCUUCCAGUUGCUUUCAGACUAGAAACUGAACCAAAGUUGUCCAUGCCAGUUGGUUUCAGACAGGGAACCGAACCAAAGAUGUCCAUCCCAGUUGGUUUCAGACAGGGAACCGAACCAAAGAUGUCCAUCCCAGUUGGUUUCAGACAGGGAACCGAACCAAAGAUGUCCAUCCCAGUUGGCUUUAGACAGGGAACCGAACCAGAAAUGUCCAACCUAAUUGAGGAACCUCAGCAAAAUAUCCAGCUUCCAGUUGCUUUCAGACUAGAAACUGAACCAAAGAUGUCCAUCCCAGUUGGUUUCAGACAGGGAACCGAACCAAAGAUGUCCAUCCCAGUUGGUUUCAGACAGGGAACCGAACCAAAGAUGUCCAUCCCAGUUGGCUUUAGACAGGGAACCGAGCCAAAGAUGUCCAUCCCAGUUGGUUUCAGACAGGGAACUGAACCAGAAAUGUCCAACCUAAUUGAAGAACCUCAGCAAAAUAUGCAGCUUCCAGUUGCUUUCAGGCAGGCAACUAGAGUCCAGACCCACAAAAUGGCCUGUAACGGGGAGAUGAUCAGUGGAAAGUGCUACGAGUUCAACCCCAAUAUGUUGUCCUACAAAGAUGCCCAGGCCUUUUGCAGAAAUCUGGCCCCCGAUGCCGACCUCGCCUCUAUAACAAACAGAGACCUCCAUUCCCGUCUGGUUUCCCUGGUGACCAAAGGAGGCGGGAAUAACCCUGUGUUGACCUGGUUGGGAGGCAUAGUCAAGAACCAGCAGGCCUCGUGGGUCGACGGGUCAAAAUGGAGCUACAGCGACUGGAUGCCGGGACACCCCAACAUUCACGCCGACAAACCCGCCUGUGUUGAGAUGUUCAAGAUCGAUGAGAGCUGGUGGAGCGUGGCGGAUUGUGAACUGAAGAGGGCGUCUCUCUGCUCGUACCCAGUCACUGCGUAAAAAUCAAACAGGAAGUGAUGUCAGAUGUCUCUCCUACAGCGAAAGUUUCUCCAAAUCUGCUGCACUCCUCAGAUCGAGCUACUUACCGCAUCAUGAUUGAAUCUCUUUAAAUAAAACCAAGCAUGACACAAAUAAA